AUGAUAGAUUCAAUAAUUAUAAUAUUUUGUUUUCUACUUGUUAUUCAUCCUAUAUCCUGUCAAUUAAUACAAGAACGCUAUGAUGCUACAAGUAUAAUUAAAGACAAUAUAUUAUAUGUCCUUGGAGGACAGAAUGAUAAAGCGAUACCAGAAAUAUUAUCUCUCAAUCUUACCACUUCAAUAGCCAUAGAUUCACCACCAUGGUCUCGGUCACUGAAAGCACCACCUUUGGCAUUUGUAUCAAGCGGAGCAAUCCUUGGCGGUUUAAAUAAUAAUUUGAUAUAUGUACUUUGUGGUCUGAUGAGUGACCCGGUUAGUGGUGUCAAUAUAACUAACGAACAAACUCUAUUGGAAUACGAUAUUCAAAAAGAUGAAUGGAACGCAACGGCAAUGUCAGGAGCUCCCCAGUUAAAUGGGAGAGUUAAAUUUGGCCUUUUAAGUGAUAAUAAAGGAAUGGCUUACCUUCAUGGUGGAUAUAAUUAUUAUAAUUACACCUAUCUUGGUGAUACGUAUUUAUUUGACAACUAUUUUAACAGUUGGACUGCGUUACCGGUGCCUAUAAUUCCAAUAAUUGCAGAUGACUUUGCUGCUGUAUUGUUAAAUGAUGGAAGAUUGGUCAUCAUUGGAGGUUAUGAAAAUAAUGUCCCCACACAUAGACCUAUUAGCCAACUUGAAAUACUUAAUACGAUCGAUGAUAAUUGGAGUCGACAAAUUGUACUUCAACCAAAAGAAAUGACCGACCAUCGUAGAUAUCAUACAUCUACGCUUCUUCCAAAUGGUGAUAUUGUAAUAAUCGGAGGAGUCAAUGUAGUACCCAAUGUUGUAAUAUUAGAAACAACAAAAAACCAAUGGAGAAUUCCUUUAGUUUCUGGAAUGGAACCACCACUGCUUAAUCGACACUGCGCAGAACUUGUAGAAAAUAGAUACAUAUUCAUUAUGUUUGGAAUAAGAACUGAUGGCCAAUAUAGCAACAAACUCUUCAUACUCGAUACAACAAAUUAUUCAUGGAUUACUAAUUUUACUCCAAAUGCAUUAUCUGCAUCAACGCCAAAACCGACUUUAUCGCCAUCACAUACACAAUCGACCGUAUCGGGCUCUAUAAAGGCACUUAAUAUAUCCAUAACUGUUAUAAUUAUCAUAGUGGCAUUAGUUUUCUCUAUUGCUUUAAUUGGAUCAUUUGUGUUUUGUUAUAAGAAACGUAAAAAUAGAUUGGCUUCUGUUACCACACAAGCCGAGAAUUACUCUAUGAGUAAAAAUGACGAUUCGCAUGGAAACAAUACAAAUAUAAUUGUAUAUUCAAAUGAAGGAAGUCAUAAUACUAUAGAUCGAAUGUUUCGGAUUUUUAGACGUUCGAGUAAGUCGUGA